AUGGCCAAAUAUCCUCUUCCAUCAUCAAUGAAUUAUUUAGAUGAUGAAGAAUAUAUAGACAUUGAAGUGUGCUCUUACUAUUACUUUACAUCAUCAUCUCCUAAAAACAAAGAAUUUGAGUUUCAAAUUACAAAUUAUAACAAAGAAAACACAAUUUCUCCUGCUGAUGAACUCUUCUAUAGAGGCAAACUCCUUCCUCUUCACCAAAAUAUCUUUCAAGAAGAAGAUUUAGAAGAUAGCUUUUGCAUAAAUUUGUUUAUCACUCCAAUUAGUUCACCAUCACAAACUUGCAUGGUGAGUUUUGAACUUAAUCCAAAUGAUCAUAAAAUAAUUAGCCCUAAGAAAUUGUGGUCUAAGUUCAUGAUUCAACAUUCUUUAAUCAUCAAAAAGUUCAAAGCUUCAAGGGCAUUUCUUAAGUCUUUGUUUAGCAUAUCUUCUUGCACAAAUGAUAAUUGUUGUUCUAGUGAGGACAUCAAAGUCUCCAAGAAAAAAACAUCAAGGUGGCAUUCUUCAACAAAAUGUUUGUCUUCCUCUUCCACAAAUGGUGGCUCUUUCUCAUCAUCAUCUAAUUCUUCAUUCAACUCCAAUAAUACUUUUACUUCAGAGAUUGUUGAGGGUUCAAUUGAGGCUGCUAUUGCUCAUUGUAAAAAGUCCCAUAAAUGA